CCUUUGAGGAAACCCGGACGGUCACGGAAACGUUGCUAGCGAGCGGUGCUGUUUCAAUAUCACAAUACCAUGAAGUUAUCUGUUUAUAUCACCUUUUUGAUGCAUUGAAUAACCUUAUGGAACUAGUUCGGAAUAGACUAAAGAUUCGAAAACAUUUAUUUUUCUAACACCAGGACAAAAAAUGAGCAACAUCCUCCAUGCGACAUCUAAAGUAAGAUGGAAUCAGAGCACUGCGGCGAAACGAGCGGUGUUUCUAGCGGCCGCUGCAUACGGGGCGAAAACGCUUUACCCCAUCAUCUGCAGACAGAUAAAUCAUCGCAAAACCCAAAAGAACAACCCACCUGCAGCUCGGCAAGAAAAUGGAUUGAUAUCAUUAACACAUAAAUCCGAACCGGAGAAGAUUUCGGGUCUUAAUAAAUCGCCCGGCGUCAAUGCGGAAUUCUUCAAGCAGGUUCUUGAGCUGGUUAAAAUCGUUUUUCCGAGGUUCUUAACUAAGGAACUGUUUUUGCUUAGUUUGCAUUCAGUGGCUCUGGUUUCAAGGACCUUUCUGUCUAUUUACGUGGCUGGUUUGGAUGGUAAAAUAGUGAAAACGAUCGUAGAGAAGCAACCGCGGAGCUUCGUGAUCAAACUGAUGAAAUGGCUUCUGAUCGCCAUCCCGGCUACAUUUGUGAACAGCGCAAUCCGUUAUCUGGAGUGCAAGCUCGCACUGGCUUUCCGCACGCGUCUUGUCAAUCACGCAUACAAAACAUAUUUUACCGACCAGACCUAUUAUAAGGUCAGUAAUAUGGACGGGAGACUGGCGAACCCCGACCAGUCACUCACCGAAGAUGUGAUGAUGUUCUCACAGUCCAUUGCGCAUCUGUACUCAAACCUCACUAAACCGAUCUUAGAUGUGAUUCUCACUUCAUAUACAUUAAUACAGACUGCGAGAUCUCGCGGGGCGAACGCGACCGGACCGACCCUCCUGGCCGGUCUUGUCGUGUUCGCAACGGCGAAGGUUCUGCGUGCCUGCUCGCCGAAGUUCGGCAAGCUGGUGGCGGAGGAGGCUCACAGGAAGGGAUACUUGCGAUAUGUGCACUCCAGGAUCAUAGCCAAUGCAGAAGAGAUAGCCUUUUAUAGGGGACAUAAGGUGGAGAUGAGGCAGCUACAGAAAUGUUAUAGCGCCCUGGCAGAGCAGAUGAAUCUCAUCCUUUCCAAACGUCUGUGGUACAUCAUGAUCGAACAAUUCCUAAUGAAGUACGUCUGGAGUGGAAGUGGUCUGGUUAUGGUCGCUGUGCCCAUUAUCACCGCCACUGGCUUUGCUGACAACGAGCUGGCCGAUGGUCAGACACAAGUGUUGGUGAGCGAGAGAACAGAGGCCUUCACAACUGCACGCAAUCUGCUGGCUUCAGGAGCCGAUGCCAUUGAAAGGAUUAUGUGUUCUUAUAAAGAGGUCACAGAGUUGGCUGGUUACACAGCACGGGUACACAACCUGUUCCUGGUGUUCGAUGAAGUCCAGAGGGGAAUAUACAAACGUUCAUCUGCUGCCACCACUGCAGGGGAGAUCAUAAGCGGGAACCAACCUGAUAUUCACAUUGAUGAUCCUUUGGAGAUCAAAGGCAAAGUAAUAGAUGUGGAUAAAGGUAUUGUUUGUGAAAAUGUGCCUAUAAUCACUCCGAAUGGGGAUGUGGUUGUAUCCAGUCUAAACUUCAAGGUAGAGGAAGGGAUGCAUUUGCUAAUCACAGGGCCAAAUGGAUGUGGGAAAAGCUCUCUUUUCCGGAUCCUCAGCGGCCUUUGGCCCGUGUAUGGGGGCCUUCUUCACAAACCUUCACCUGAACACAUGUUCUACAUCCCACAGAGGCCAUAUAUGUCCAUCGGAACGUUACGGGACCAGGUCAUCUACCCUGACUCUCUGGACGACAUGCAUGAAAAGGGUUACAGAGACAAAGACCUGGAAGUUAUUUUGGACAUUGUCAAUCUAAACCAGAUUGUUACUCGGGAGGGAGGCUGGUAUGCUGAGCUAGACUGGAAAGAUGUACUUUCUGGAGGAGAGAAGCAGCGUAUGGGCAUGGCACGCAUGUUUUACCACAAGCCCAAGUAUGCACUGCUAGAUGAGUGCACCAGUGCUGUCAGCAUUGAUGUAGAGGGUAAAAUAUUUCAAGCUGCAAAGGAUGCUGGGAUCUCUCUGCUGUCCAUUACUCAUAGACCCUCCCUAUGGAAGUAUCACACGCACCUGCUUCAGUUUGAUGGAGAGGGUGGCUGGAGAUUCGAGGAGCUGGAUACAGCCAAGCGGCUCACUCUGACAGAGGAGAAACAGCGCUUAGAGUCUCAGCUCGCCGGCAUCCCAAAGAUGCAGCUCAGACUAAAUGAACUGUGUAAGAUCUUGGGUGAGGAUUCGGUCCUAAAGACAACAGAACAAAAGGAUGGGGAGUGAGAAAUGUUCUUGAUUUUCAGGAAUGCACAAGUUUCUAUACUUAGGUUUAAACAUUGAUUUUAACAUUUGGGAUGUAUACAUUUUCCUCUAUAAUGAACUUUAAUUGUAAAAACUUCUAAAAUCGAACUUAAUUUUGCUCUUGUUGUUUUACUUAUUUUGUUUUGCUUAGUUUUAGCACUUUAUCCAAGCUUAUUUUAACCAGGAAUUCAACUGUAAAAAUAGUUUUCAUGUUUAUGUUGACAAAGAGAAAGACUCAAAUGAUGCAUUUUUCUUGCUUCGGUUAGGUACUUUCAAGUAUUACAACUCUAAAGUUAUUUUGCUGUGUUUCCUCAUAUUGUUUAUUGUAAUUAUGUCUAGUUUUUUAUAAAUACCCUGAACAACUUACCUAGGGUAAAACCAAUAUGACAAUAUUUUUAUACACAUACAAUCCACAGAACAAUCGUUUACACAAUCGGCUACCAAAUGAGACAAAGGUCAUUGUUUCUUCUUUUCUGAACAAAAACUGAAUGUUCUAUAUUUGUUUCUUUGUUCUUUUGUCUCAUGUCAGGUUGUAUAAUUUGGUUGUUUGGCAAUGAAUUUGCACAUAUUUGUCUUUUUCAGACUGAUAUACUGUGAAAUUUGUCUAACAUAGCUGUGAUAUGGUUGCGUUCAGUUCAUCGUAUUUUUAGCUUCUUAAUUUGAAUGCUUAGGUCAAACAUUUGUAGUGUUUAUUUUUUACCAGCAAAGAUUAAAAAUCGUACUUGUGUUCGGCAAGCUGUGAUGACCAGCAAAACACUGCAUCUUUUCUUUACGGGCAGAUAAAAUAAUAACUACAAUAUGCAGGAUAGCACCAACAUCACUAAAUACCUUCAGACUACAUACAUUUUAGCCAAUUGUUAUGGUGAUCAUACCAGAAACAAUUUGUUAUAAUCAACUAUUACCUUUAAAAAUUAUAAUACAUGGAAGAUGUUGAUCUCUGGGUAUAAGAUCUUUCAUUUGGGAGUAUGUUUUAGUUAAGAUAAACCCAAGGAGUAAUUGUACUACCUAAUGUACAAAAUGCAACAUUAAAUAAACAGUGAAAAAAAUCUA